AUGGCUACUGCGGAAAAAGAUCCCAAGUCCAAGCCCAGCAGCCUGCGGUCUAUCAUAGCGGGCUCUUCAGCGGGAGCGGUUGAGAUUGCGAUAACUUAUCCAGCGGAGUUUGCGAAGACACGAUCGCAGCUCAAUCGCAGGCUACCCGAUGCCAAAAAGCUUCCAUGGCCACCAUUCGGAAAACAAUGGUAUGCCGGAUGCACGACUUUGAUCAUAGGAAAUUCUCUUAAGGCUGGCAUACGCUUCGUUGCCUUCGACACCUUCAAAUCUCUACUUCAGGAUGAAAAUGGCAAUAUAUCCGGUCCAAGAACUGUGAUUGCCGGUUUCGGAGCCGGCUUCACAGAGUCCCUAUUAGCAGUGACUCCUUUCGAAAGCAUCAAGACGCAAUUAAUCGACGAUAGAAAAUCCCCAAAUCCUCGUAUGCGUGGAUUCCUGCACGGCAGUAAGAUCAUCUUUCAGGAAAGAGGCCUUCGGGGCUUUUUUCAAGGCUUCGUUCCUACAACAGCGAGACAGGCGGCCAACUCGGCGACCAGAUUCUCAAGCUACACAAUGUUGAAACAAUUGGCUCAGGGCUACGUCGCACCCGGCGAGAAGCUAGGAACUGCCAGUACAUUCGCUCUUGGUGGGAUAGCGGGCCUCAUUACAGUUUAUGUUACGCAGCCUCUUGACACUGUCAAAACCAGAAUGCAAUCGCUCGAAGCCAGUAAAAAUUACAAAAACAGCUUCGUUUGCGCCGCGCGAAUUUUCAAAGACGAAGGCUUGCUUACUUUCUGGUCAGGAGCUGUACCACGUCUAGUAAGAUUGAUCAUGAGUGGAGGAAUAGUGUUCACAAUGUAUGAGAAGACAAUGGAGGCUCUCGACUCUAUCGAUCCUGAGAGGAAAUACAUAUGA